AGAGCACAGAAGUUUUCAACUUCAUUUAUAAUAAUAGUUCUAUUCACUUUGUUUCCAUUUCCUUAGCAUAUAUAUAUAUACAUCAAGAAUUAAUUCUUGGGAAUUAAUUUUCAACAUGCGUGCCAAUGAAACAUCAUCUGAUGGAGCAUGGCAGGGAGAUAAUCCUAUGAACCAUGCUCUUCCAUUGUUGAUCAUUCAAACCAUUCUAGUCAUGUUUGUUAGCCGCACCCUCGCCUUCUUCCUCAAACCCCUUCGUCAACCCAGAGUUGUUGCUGAGAUUAUUGGAGGAAUUUUGCUAGGACCUUCUGGUAUUGGACGCAACAAAACUUUCAUGCACACGGUUUUCCCUUCAUGGAGCACUCCCAUACUUGAAUCAGUAGCUAGCAUUGGCCUUCUCUUCUAUCUCUUCCUCGUAGGUCUUGAGCUCGACCUCCGCACCAUUAACCGCAGUGGUAAGCGAGCUUUCAACAUCGCUGUCGCAGGAAUAUCCCUCCCAUUCCUCUUCGCCAUCGGAGUAACCUUCCUUCUCCAAAAAGUCAUCCAUUUCAACUCUGAAACUCACAAAGUCAGUUACUUUCAACUCUUCAUAUUCUUAGGCGUAUCUCUCUCCAUCACUGCUUUCCCUGUACUCGCACGCAUCUUAGCAGAGCUUAAAUUGUUAACAACACAAGUAGGAGAAACUGCCAUGGCCGCAGCUGCUUUUAACGACGUUGCUGCAUGGGUUUUAUUAGCACUGGCCAUUGCUUUAGCCGGUGGUGGAGAACAUAGAAACGGUGUCUUGACAUCCAUCUUAGUACUACUCUCUGGUGUGGCUUUUGUUGUGUUUAUGUUGUUUGUGAUUAGACCAUUGAUGGAGCGUAUUUCACUCCGUUGUUCACGGGAAAACGAAGUGUUGGAUGAAAUGUUUAUAUGUUUGACACUAGCUGGUGUUAUGUUGUCAGGAUUCAUGACGGAUUUGAUAGGAAUACAUUCGAUUUUUGGUGCAUUUGUUUUUGGGUUAACAAUACCAAGAGGGGGUGAAUUUGCAAGUAGAGUAACAAAGAGGAUCGAAGAUUUUGUGUCUAAUUUGAUGCUUCCUUUGUAUUUUGCAUCAAGUGGGUUGAAAACUGAUGUUGGUAAGUUACAAGGUGUGGUUGAAUGGGGGAUUCUUUUGCUUGUUAUAGGGAUGGCUUGUGUUGGGAAGAUUUUGGGUACUUUUGUUGUGGCUGUUAUAUGUACUAUGCCGGUUAGGGAAUCAUUGACCCUUGGAGUUCUGAUGAAUACUAAAGGGUUGGUUGAGCUUAUUGUUCUCAAUAUUGGCAAAGAAAAGAAGGUACUUAACGACGAGAUGUUCACCAUCCUAGUUCUCAUGGCUAUCUUCACUACCUUCAUUACAACUCCGGCAGUUGUAGCCAUAUACAAACCCUCUCGUCAACGACGAUCCGGAAACCCUCCACCUCUGACAGACACACAAGAGAAGCUUCGCAUUCUCGCUUGCAUCCACGGAACUGGAAACAUUCCUUCACUAAUCAACUUCAUUGAAUCAGUUAGAGCAACCAACAAGUCUAGUAAGAUCAAACUUUACGUGAUGCAACUUACUGAACUCACGGAUAGCUCAUCCUCCAUUUUGAUGGUUCGAAGCAGCAGAAAGAGCGGGUUUCCAUUCAUCAAUCGGUUUCAAAAAGGAACUAUGCAGGAGGCAUUCCGUGCUUGUGGUCAAGUGGGUCAGGUUACAGUGCAUCAUUUAACAUCCAUCUCAUCAUUGUCUACAAUCCACGAAGACAUAUGUCAUAUUGCAGAAGAGAAAGGUGUGGCAAUGAUCAUAUUGCCUUUUCAUAAAAGGUGGAGAGGGGAAGAUGAAGAGACAAUAGAAGACAUAGGGCAAAGAUGGAGGGAAGUUAAUCAAAGGGUGCUUCAGAGUGCACCAUGCUCUGUUGCAGUACUUGUUAAUCGUGGUGUUGGAAGAAGGUAUGAACAAAGGGUCGAAACCAGUGCUACUCCAGGAAAAAAAGUGUGCAUAAUUUUCGUUGGAGGACCAGAUGAUAGAAAGGUUUUAGAGUUGGGAAGCAGAAUGGCAGAACAUCCAGCAAUUAGAUUGUCUGUUGUGAGAUUCAAUUUACAUAAUGAAGGUACUUUCAGGGAUCAAGAACACAGCUACAACACAUCAACAUCAGCGUCCGAUAACAAUAUGGAAAAUGAGAAGCAGGAGUUGGAUGAAGUGGCACUAAAUGAAUUCAAAACUAAAUGGCUUGGAGCAGUGGAGUAUAUUGAAAAUGACACUGUCAACAUAGCAAAUGAGGUGUUAGCAAUUGGUAGAGUUAAAGAGUACGAACUUGUAAUUGUGGGGAAGGGACAUCAGCUUCUUAAUUCAACCGGGAUGAUUGACAUAAAGGAUUCUCAGCUAGAGCAUGCUGAGUUGGGACCUAUUGGAGACCUGUUAACUUCUUCAGCUCAGGGCAUUACUAGUUCAGUGCUCGUUAUACAAGGCCAACACUUGAUAAAUUCAAGUGAAACAAGUCUCAGAACAUCAAGGGCAAUGAGUAUUGUGAUCAAUACCAUCCCAGAAUCAUCCGUGUAAUAUUAUAUAUUAAAUAUGUAUCCGCUUAAAAUAAAAUUAUGUAAAAUAAAUAAAUCCCAAUAUUGGGUAUUGUAUUUUGUGAUUUCAUGAAUCUAUCGACUACUGUGUUUAAUACUUU